AUGGCCCACCGUCAGCUGGACAAAGCCACCGCGCGGGCGCCACGAGUGCGCGUCACGCGCGCGUUCUCCCAGCUAGAGGACCCCGAGACGCUCCACGAGCUCCAGAAAGUGCUCUUGUCGGCCAAGACGCUCGACGUGCGGAGACUCGCGUCGUCGAUAGCGGAUCCCCGCGUCGCUCCAGACGCUCUGGCAAUGCUGAUACCUCCUCCUGUGCCGCCCACGUCCCCUGCUUCGCUGCUGCGCGUGACACAAGCGUCGUCUGCUGGACCGCGGACCACUGGCUGUACGCAGACGAUUGACAGCAGCAGUGACAGUAGCAGCGGCAGCAGCAGUAGCGGCGUCACGACCAGUCCCCGGUCCGCUGCGUGGGGUCUCCCCCCACGCAGUGCCGGUAUUGCUGGACGGGAAGUAGCACUGGAAAGACGACGCACUGUCGGGUCGCGACAGGAACAGAGAGUUGCAACGCCUCGACGAGGCUCUGGGGAGUGGGCUGAUGCCGCAGCGCGACUGAGUCGACGAGUCCAGGAGCUCGAGCUUGAGAAUUUCCAUCUCAAAAACGGCAAAGGAGCUCUGCAGUUGCUUGCCAGUGGCGUCCUGCCGACUUCCGGGGGCGUCGAGGUAGACGGAGGAAACGCGUCUGUUGACAUGAGCCGGCGACGAAGAGGACUGAAUAAGUCGCAGAGCUGUGCAAACGGCUUCGAGGCGAUGGGACUGACGGUGGCAGAAGCUGCAGCAGCAUCCCAUCGUACGCGCACCAGACGUUUGGCAACAGCCGCUGGCACGACGGGAACUGCAGGCAACCUGCGCUCGGGAUACUGGAACGGAACGAACAAUGUCAAGAGUAGCUUCAGCUGUAACAAUCUGUCCGAUCUCGAGCAGCCCGAGUUUCUACUUGAGAAGCUACGCACGUCACCUCCUUCUGCCGUUGCCGUUGCAUUUUGCACUACUAACGGUGGCAACGAGAGUGGAAAAAUGGCCUCGUCGGCGUCAGUCACGCCGAGAGCGCAUGAAGCUACCCUCAAGAGCGACUCGUUCCAGCGCACGAGCUCCAAAACGAACGAAGUCGUUGCUGGCACGAGACCGCAUCAUGCUGUACUCCAGGAGCUGCAAAUACCUCCAACUGUCGUCGAUCAACAAAGCUCGUCGUCUGUCGAUCACACUUUGGACAGAAGUUUCGACGAGACAGGGGGUCGCAUUACGUCACCACGUUCGUACUUUGAGGCAGGACUCCGGACGAGUAGCUUCUCUGCUGGGGCGACAGCACCGCCAUCAUUGAGCCCAGGAGAACGAAUCAAUGAGCGAGAUGUACGGAUGUGGGUGGGGACGUGGAACAUGGGUGCAGCAGACCCAUUUGAUGAUGGAAAAGGCAUCAUUGAUGAGCAGCGCUCUGCAGCAAUGCUGCAAAACUUCUUGCCGCAUGGCUACCAGCUGUAUGUGCUUGGAGUGCAAGAAGGCGUGUCGGAAAACGUCUACCACGCCGUGGAGGCGUAUUUGAACCGCAACGAGCACGGAAGCCGCUAUUACCGCAUGGAGCUCAAAAACGGCAACUUUAUGGUGAACCACAAGAACCAGCCUCCCGACGCAAUUAUCGAUGCUGUGCACGGUCGUGGCGAUGGAGCCUUUGUCGGUACCAAAUUUACGGGUAUGGCUGUUUUCUAUUGCGCCGAUGUCGAGGAGAAGAUCAAGCUGAUUCGAGCAGGUGCGCACAAGUUCAAGCUCACAAGCGGGUCAAAGGGCGGUGUUGCUGUAGCGCUCAGGAUCAACCACACGACCAUUGUGUUUGUGAAUUGCCAUUUGGACGCGCGGAAUGAUACGUACCGCCGCGAACAGAUUCGGAACUUGAAUGCCAGUCUUGGUCGUGUAAUGGGUCAUUACAGCUUUGACCUCACGGAGCAGUUCCACCACGUGGUAUGGAUGGGCGAUAUGAACUACCGCAUCGUGUUGUUGGAUCCGCAGAUGGUUCUCCACAUGCUCGAAGAGGGUCGCAAUCUGGAGCUGCACGACAAGUUCGACGGUCUGCUGAAUGACCGCCGCAAUGGUGGCGUCUUUGAGGGUUUCACCGAGCCGCACAAAUUUCCGGACUUCUACCCGACGUACAAGAAGUUUCCAAAGCGCGGCCCUGUGAAUGAGAAGCUGCCGUUAUGGCCAUCACUCGUGUGGCGUGUGUUGUACAAGGAGCCAUUUUACAAGGGUGGUAAGGUGAAAAAACGUGUGCCUGGAUGGUGCGAUCGCAUCCUGAUUCACUCGCUCCUCGUCAGCGACUCAAAGUUGGUUCCAGAAAAGGUGCCAGACCCGACUUCUCCAGAUUCCUCCUUGCGGUUUAUCGACAACUACCGUUCCGUGAACCAUGGUGAUGGAAUGGACGUUAGCGACCACAGCCCUGUGUACGGCACGUUUGUGCUAAGUUUCCCGCGUCACGACAAGGAUGCAUUGACAUCAGGGUCUCCGCGACAACUGGCACAUCGCAGCUCGCGGUCCCUUUCCACGGUUGGCACAACUGCCGGGGACAGGUUCUCGAACUCGGUGGGUGGCAGCUAUUUUGACCAAGCCCGCGUCGUUCGACAGAUGAAAGCACAGAAACGUCCUGUAUCGACGGUUUUGCGGGUAUUUAACAUGGAACUUAGCUGGAAUGGCAACGUGGUGGUGCCAAAGAAGACGCGCAUCGUUGCGCCACUGGUCGGAGAGGAUGCAAGGCAGUGCGAUGUCAUCGGUGAGCGGUGUCAAGGCUUCAACGGUCUGAAUCUGUCGCUGAACGCAGUAAUACAGCACGCUCGACCGCUGGAGCAGCUGCAUAUGCUGGUAUGGGUGAGAAACGAAUCGAUCAACGGCCACUGCACGCUCUCGCUGAAGCGUAUCGCUCGUCAGGAAGAGGGCGGUGAAGUCAAGUACCGCGUACCGCUAUACAACGACUCCAUGCGCGUGCACCUCGACGGGCAUCCUUUGCUCGUCAUUUUUUCGGUGCGAAGCAAAACGUUUGCGAAGUGA